AUGAAUGAUGAUUCGGCCGAAUCCAGGUAUUUCCCUGGAGACACAGAAAUGUCGAUAUUGGCAAACACAGUGACAGCAUAUUUUAAUAGUCCAGAACGUUCUGAAGAACGUCAACAAAUUGUUCAAGCUUGUGUUGUUGAAUUAGUUAAAUAUAACAGGCGUUGGGACAACAGAAAGGUCAGAUUAUGGUUUAACAAUAAUCGAAAAGGUCCAAUUAAAGCAGCAUCAGUCGAUAAUCUCAAUAUGUCCGCAACACCAAAUUUAUCAAUCACUCCACAAUCUGUACCUCCGAAAAAGCGUAUUGCAAACAAAAUGUCUUCGAAAUUUUUAUCAUCACCUGUUUCAAGAUGCAAUUCUCCGAAUUCUCCUACUGCACAUCCUGACCACCUCGCAAUUAUGCAUACCGAUACUGGUGAGAUGCUGACAGAAGACGAGCAAAAGCUAAAAGAAAUAAAUCAAACACAAUUAAUACAAUCGUUCAAAGAUCGGAAAUGGAUCGAAGAUAUUGCUCCGCAAACAUCGAUACCAAAGAUAUAUGCACUACAAACAUUACCACAACAGCUCUCUCCUUAUUCAAACGUCGAAUUACUUCAAACUUCAGAAUUUGGCCUAGUUCAUCCAUCUUUCAAAAUGCCACCAAACGUAUCGCAAGAACUUCAAGAAUUCUACAAAGGACCGUCAUAUUUCGAAAACAUUGAAUACGGACUAAUUGAAGCCGGAAUUGCAAAAGCAGAUUUAUCUCCAGCGAUCGUUGAGUAUACCAAAGAUAAGCAUAUCCUUCAUUAUGAAAAGAAAACCCUCGAAAUUCCUACAAAUUACCCUAUUACUUCGAUUUUAUACAAUAGAGACUCCAAAUCUUUAUUUGUUGCAUACGACAAGUUCGUUUCUCAGCUCUCUAUUGCAGAUGGAUCGAUUUUAAGGACUCUAGAUACAGGCGGACGCCAAAUGAGAAAUUCAUGUUUGAUUAUGCACAUGAAUUGUCUAUUUUUAGGUAGUAGAAAUAAUAUUUACGUAUUCAACUAUGAGAAUGACAAUGCAAAAGCCCUUGAUUCCCCUUAUAAAAGCACAAAUAACAUUCAAUCUGUUGGAAACUCAUUAAUUGUUUCCUCCAGGUUAUCACCUAGUAUUGUUUCUAUUGAUGAAACAGGCAAAAUCAGCCAUAGAUUCCUUGGUUGCCAAGGAGGAAUUACUUCAUUAGCAAGAUUUGACGAUAAUUGCUUCUUAAGUGGUUCCGCUGAUUAUGUCAUUAGACUCUGGGAUGUAAGAACUAGUUUUCCAUCCAUAGAACUCGACAGACAUCUUGGAAGUGUCACUGCUAUUUCAAAUGAUGGAAGUAUAAUAGCUUCUGCGGGCGAAGACAGAAGGUUACGGACAUGGGAUAUCCGAAAUAGCCUUUCUAUCUUCGAAUCAGACACAGGAAUGGGAGUUCCAAUUGAUAUCUCAUUUUCUGUUCAAUCUGGCAACAUUACAGUUAUUACAAAGGAGCAAUAUGCAUCAAAUGCUGAUGGACUUGGCUCUAAUAGACUGAUUGGCGGUUCCCAUCGUCUUGGCCUUGUAUCUCCAAAUCAAUGUCUUUUCUAUUCGAUAUAUGAUAAUGAAAAUAGUGUCUUGUAA